GUGUACAGUGGAGCGGAGGCAGAGCGGCUCCGCGAGCUCCUCUCCACUUUCCCAUAGAGAGACCCUGACUGGCCGCUGAGGGCGAGCCACACACACGCCCUUACGCCCGGCGAGCCCGCGAGGUCACUAUCAUAUGACAAAGGCUUUGCUGCAGUUCAUCUUCCUCCCUGUGUACUUUCCAUUUGUUUUCCUGGAAUCCUGCUGCAUCACAGAAGCUGGAAGUUUUGAUGUUCCAUUGAAAUCACAAUGGAAAGUCUUAAUUUGACUGGCGCUCUCAGGAAGACCCCAAGCCUCUAGCGGUACCUGUUAUCAUCUCCAGCAUGUUGUAGAUGUGGAGGAUUCACUGGGAUAUUGAGAAAUACCAGAGGCGAAUUGUUCCACAGUAGUCACAGUAAUGAAAGGCAGUAACAGAAAUAAAGAUCAUUCAACAGAAGGAGAAGGGGCUGGUAAACGACCAAAACGAAAGUGUCUGCAGUGGCAUCCAUUGCUAGCAAAGAAACUUCUUGACUUUUCAGAAGAGGAGGAAGAGGAAGACGAAGAGGAGGACAUUGAUAAGGUUCAACUUCUUGGGGCUGAUGGCCUAGAGCAAGAUGUUGGUGAGACUGAAGAUGAUGAAUCACCAGAACAGCGAGCCCGGAGACCAAUGAAUGCAUUUCUUUUAUUUUGCAAACGCCAUCGCUCCCUUGUACGUCAGGAACACCCCAGGCUUGAUAACCGAGGUGCUACCAAGAUACUAGCUGAUUGGUGGGCUGUUCUUGAUCCAAAGGAAAAGCAGAAAUACACAGACAUGGCCAAGGAGUAUAAAGAUGCAUUUAUGAAAGCAAAUCCUGGCUACAAAUGGUGUCCUACCACAAACAAGCCUGUGAAAUCCCCAACACCCGCUGUCAAUCCACGCAAGAAACUUUGGGCCUUCCCAUCUGACUCUUCAAGAGACUUGCCAAGCCCCAAGAAAGCAAAGACUGAAGAAAUGCCUCAGCUUAACUUUGGAAUGGCUGAUCCUACUCAAAUGGGAGGCCUGAGCAUGCUGCUGUUAGCUGGAGAACAUGCUCUUGGCACACCAGAGUUAUCCUCUGGCACUUGCAGGCCUGAUGUUUCAGAAUCCCCUGAACUGCGUCAGAAGUCACCAUUGUUUCAGUUUGCCGAGAUAUCUUCAAGUACAUCCCACCCUGAUGCUCCUACAAAACAGUGUCAAGCAUCAGCCUUGUUUCAGUUUGCAGAGAUUUCUUCAAACACUUCUCAGUUGGGUGGUGCUGAUCCUGUGAAACGCUGUGGAAAGUCUGCGCUCUUUCAACUGGCGGAGAUGUGCUUGGCAUCAGAGGGUGUAAAAAUGGAAGAAUCAAAGCUAAUAAAAACAAAAGAAUCAGAUGGUGGAAGAAUUAAGGAAUUGGAGAAGGGAAAGGAAGAAAGAGAAAUCAAACUGGAGAAAACAGUUGAAGCCAGGUUACAGAAGGAAGCAGAAUUUGAAAAAUCAGCUAAGGAAAACGUAAGAGAUUCUAAGGAAUUAAGAAAUUUUGAGGAGCUGCAAAUGGAUGAUAUAAUGGCUAUAAAAAUGGAAGAUCCCAAAGAAAUUAGAAAGGAAGAAUUUGAGGAAGAUCAAAAAUGUAGUCACUUCCCUGAUUUUUCUUAUUCUGCCAGUAGCAAGAUAAUAAUAAGUGAUGUUCCCAGUAGAAAGGAUCAUAUGUGCCAUCCUCAUGGAAUUAUGAUCAUUGAGGAUCCCACAGCAUUAAACAAACCAGAGAAGCUAAAAAAGAAAAAGAAGAAAAGCAAAAUGGAUCGACAUGGAAAUGAUAAAUCAACACCCAAGAAGACUUGCAAAAAGAGGCAGUCUUCGGAAUCUGAUAUUGAGAGCGUCAUAUACACCAUCGAAGCCGUUGCAAAAGGAGACUGGGGCAUUGAGAAACUUGGAGAAACCCCUCGCAAGAAGGUUCGCACAUCCUCAAGUGGCAAGGGAAGCAUUUUGGAUGCCAAGCCACCAAAGAAAAAAGUGAAAUCAAGAGAGAAGAAAAUGUCAAAGGAGAAAUCCUCAGACACCACCAAAGAGUCAAGACCUCCAGAGUUUAUUAAUAUUUCUGCCAGCAAGAACAUUUCUGGUGAGGUGCCAGAGGGUAUAAAAGCAGAACCAUUGACCCUGACAGAGGAUGCCCUACCACCCAACCUAUCAGGACAGGCCAAGCCUGAGGACAGUGACUGUCACAGAAAAAUAGAGACUUGUGGCUCCAGGAAAUCUGAGAGGUCUUGCAAAGGUGCUCUUUAUAAAACCCUGGUGUCUGAGGGCAUGCUCACCUCUCUGAGAGCUAAUGUUGACAGGGGAAAACGAAGCUCAGGAAAGGGAAACUCCUCUGAUCAUGAAGGGUGUUGGAAUGAAGAAAGCUGGACAUUUAACCAGAUUGGGACCAGUGGGAGCAAGAAGUUCAAGAAGACAAAGCUAAAGGAAGACUCUCUCUUUGGCUCAGCAAAGCUGGAUGAAGAAUUUGAAAAAAAAUUCAACAGCCUCCCUCAAUAUAGUCCUGUUACAUUUGACCGGAAAUGUGUACCUGUACCAAGAAAAAAGAAGAAGACUGGAAAUGUGUCCUCUGAACCGACUAAAACCAGCAAAGGUCCUUUCCAGUCUCAGAAAAAGAACUUAUUCCACAAAAUUGUCAGCAAAUAUAAGCACAAAAAGGAGAAGCCUAAUGUUCCGGAAAAAGGAAGUGGGGAUAAAUGGUCAAACAAGCAACUCUUCUUGGAUGCCAUUCACCCUACAGAAGCCAUAUUUUCAGAAGACAAAAACACCACAGAGCCUGCUCAUAAGGUUAAAAAUGCCCCAUCCAUUCCCAAUCCUCCAGAGCCAACAACAAUGCAAGAACCUUUGGUGGGAAGCCAAAAAAGAAAAGCAAGGAAAACCAAGAUCACACACCUUGUCAGGACAGCAGACGGCCGGGUAUCACCAGCAGGAGGUACUUUCGAUGACAAACCAAAGGAGCGACUGCAGAGGAGUCUCCCUAAAGCUAGUGAGACAGACUGCAAUGAUGAAUGCUCACACAACACUGAGGUAGAGGAGACACGGAGCAGUACUCCUGAAAUGCCUGCCGUGUCUGCAUUCUUUAGCCUUGCUGCGCUGGCUGAAGUGGCAGCGAUGGAAAAUGUGCACAGAGGUCAGAGGUCAACUCCGCUCACCCAUGAUGGACAGCCAAAAGAAAUGCCACAGGCUCCUGUACUUAUUUCCUGCGCUGACCAGUGAAGCGCCCUUUAAUUGUAAAACAUUGUGCUUUACCUACUACCCUAGCCUUGUCUUUACCAAGGGAUGCUAGUGAGUCCAUGUGGUGGAAAAUAUAGACUGCAAACAAGUGCUUGUUGCCCUACACGGCCCAGAUUCACUUGAAGCAGAAGUUAGCAUCCUGGGCCAGUUUGUUCUUUCAGAACCCAGAAUCUUUAAGGGUGAUGUUAUCUGUCUGAUAUUGAGCAGAAACAGAAUGAUCCUGGAGCUUUGCUUUCUAUUGAAGGCUUUUGACGGUAAUAGGUGGUAACUUUAUAAAAGGCUGCCUUUACUGUAGCUCAUCCCGCAUCUCUUUUACCAACCAGAGAGUGUGAAACUAGUUUCAUAUAUUACCUAGUUAGUCUUUCAAAACAAAACAAAAAAACAAAAACUGACGCACUGCACUAGUUAUUAUUAGAUAUUCUUAGUCUUUUUUGUACAUGGAGAUUUAAGUUCUAAGAUGGUUUAUAUAAUAGGUUAUACAUACAUUUAUAUUGUAGAAUAAAUAUUAAAAAGCCUGUUCCAGAGACUCCCAAGCAGCAUGGGCAGGCAGAUGUACCAUUGUUAGCGGUGUAUGCUCGGCCUCGUGGUCCAUAUAUUCUGCACUUUUAUAUUUGCCACCAGAGUGGUAGUUUGCUGGCAAAAAAAGAGAGAGAGAGAGAGAAAUUACAGUUCUUACAAUCUGAAUUAUUUCUUAGCUUUGAGUGACCAAGAAGAAUUUGCUUGGGGCAAAUUGUGGCAAAUAUUUUCCCAGACAGGGGAAGAGUCCUGCAGAUUACUGAUGUUUUCAUGCCUUGAGGAUUCUUUUAUUUUUACACAGGGGUCUAAGUGACCGAUGGAUUGUUCAUACAAACAAACAAAAAAAAGACAAAAAUAUUAUUCAGAAGUGACCUUAGUAUUACUUCACUAUUCUAAACACAUUGAAGGCACUCACUUCAUGUGGACUUGGAGCUACAGUCCUUUUACAUCCAUCAUAGACAGACUGGACGGGUUGCAAUUGCUAUGCACAGCCUAAUUGGCACUGCAGGUUUUUAGAGCCAUUUCGAGUUUGUGUUGUUUAGGAGAUAUUGAGUAAAUAACGAGGGAUGUGUGCCUGACCAGAGUGGGACUCUCAGUCGUAGAUCUACCUGCAAGAUUGUUUCCUUUUUGUGUUUUGUUGCUUUUGAACAUAAAACCAACCAUACGUAUGCCAGUGCCAAGUGGAUUAACUGGCUUAGAACAUUCAGCAUAUUGACUUAACCACCUGAUGUUCAGUGUCUUGUUUCCUAGCAACAGAUGCAAAGUGAUAAAUCAAAAUUAGUCUGAGGCUACAGAUUUUACAGGGUAUUUUUUCCAUAGCACAAAGUAUUUCCCCACUCUUGCAUCACAGCACAAACUACCAAAUUUUAAUUACUGGAUUCCAGCAAUAAUUUUUAAUCGUUUUCAAACUGGCAGAAUUUUGACAGUGCUAGUUCAAGUUUGAAGCUUUUGAAUUAGAUCUAUAAAUGGUGACAGUUUACAGUUUAAUGGUUUUAUCUAGCUUUCUUAUUUAUACUUGACUGAAUUGUAAUGAUAAUUUUUUUUCUAAUUGUAAUUUGACCUAAUAGCCAUCAAAAAAUGACUCUAUUAAUACUGACCAGGUUUAGCUUCUCAUCAUUGUAGAUAUUACUUCAGUGUCGGUGCUGGAAAAUAUGUACGCAUACUAACAGGACUGAAAAAAUAUAGAGAGGGUUUUUGUUUUUUUCAAAGCAGGUAAAGAGGGCAGCAAAGCAUUGGAAUUUUGUCCUUAAAAAUGCGUAUUCAUUGUGGGGAUGAAGGAAGAAGGAAUUAGUAAACAGCUAAUUAAUCAGAUUAUAGCUUAACUCCUUUCAUGUAGAAAUAAAUCAAGUGAGCAGCCCCAGAUUUUAGUGUGAUAUUUUUACUAUGAUGCUGUUUUAUUAAUGUUUUCUAAAUUUCAAAGCAAAAAGUGAAUGUUUGAAAAUUGCUGGGUCCUGAUGUUGGUGGCUGUUGGAGUUUUGGACCACUUGCUAGCAGUGAUUUCAAACUUACAAUUAGCUAAAAUCCAAAAAAACAAAAAACAAACAACAAAAUUGUAUGGUGCAGAACAUGCACCUUGACAAUGGUACUAAUUUGUUAUUCUAUAGAACACGUUAGAAUAGAUCUAUUUUUGCCAGAGCACCCUCCUUCAGUCCUCUGAUUACAUUUCACUAGAGUUCCUUAAGAGAUUGCUGUAUAUUCAUGGGACCUUUUUUAAAAAAGAAGCAAAACAAGAGAUUACUUUUUUCUAUGUGAUUAAUAUCUUACUUGAUCUGCUUUUCCUAAACCUCAGUGGCUUUUCCCUUAGGCAGGGGUCGGGGUGGGAGGGCAACCUACUGGAUAUGACUGUUUUCAGAUACUUUAAAAAAACCUUUUUGUAGAAAUGCUUAAUUUUUAAGCAGUUAGGCACUGAGAGUAGCAGAAAUCCUGCAAAGCUUUAUAGUUCUUUAGACACUCGCCUUGUCGUUUCUCUGAGUAAAGUCUUGCUUUCAGUAAUAGUGCUUCUCCUGCCCUGAAUCUGCUAGAGAGGAGUGUUGGUGUUUUCAGGGUAACAACAUUUGUUAGCACAAAUAUUUCAGACCAAUAUGUAGUGCUCUCCUCUGACCCCAAUUACUAUUUUUAUUUCAUUUCUCUCAUUCUUUUUUAUUUUGGAAAAUCAUAUUGCUAUGGUGUGUACUUUAAUCUGCCAGCAAACUCCAUCUACACUAACAUUUGUCCCACAACAUCCUGAAGAGAAAAAGUUGUUGCACCUUAUGUAUAUCUCAAGCAAACCAAAAUAUGCUCUUCUGCUUUGUUUUAUUCUAAAUUGUUGUAUCAUAUCUUUCUGAAACCAUUCUGAAUUUAGUUGAAAUUAUCAAUAUUUAUGCUUUUAACCUUAAUUCCUGGAUUCAAACCUGUAUAUAAAUCUUUUGAAAAAAAUUGUCCUUGCCCUCCUCUGCGAUGCUGGAAGUAGAAGAUUCGUCUCAGAUGGAGACGCAGUACUGUUCCAGUUUUCUUUAGACUUUUAUUUAUUUAGUUAUUCUGGGUAUUUCCUAUGUAAUUUUGAAACGUGUAGAGUAUAUUAUAGUAACUGAAGCUGCAGCUCUAAGAAGCUGAGUGAAAGAAAAAAUACUGUAAGACAUCCUUUAAGUUUUUAUUUGUUUGGGUACUGUAUAUGAGAUAGGGAAAAGGAAAAAUGUCCCACAGCCACAUUGGAAAUACAGGUUCUUGUCCCCAAGUUUCCAUAUUUUAGAUCAAAACUAUUAGUUCCCAGAUUUUAGAUCAAAACUAUUAGUUCAUUAAAACCCUUUUUAAAGGAUAAACCAUACUGUUGUAAUUCUGACAGUCUUUUUCCAACAAAUAUCAGAAAUAAUAUUUAUUUAAUUCUGUCAGAUGAGCUUUCUGCCAAUGCCAUGUCUUGCAGCCAUGGUGAGAUAAUUCCCAUAUUAUCAUUGUUAUUCUAGUUCCUGCCAUUAAAAUUGCUGGAGAAAGGAAUAGUGAUGGAACACUGAACAAAAAGGAGCAUCUGAACUGGUCUGGUUAUGUAGAAUCCAACAUGUUUAAUCCCUGUCGUUUUCUUAUUAAGUCUCAGAUGCUACUCCAAGUCACAGAAAAUUUUGUUUGCACUCUGCAGUCAGUGUAUGGAAAUGUUUGCACCUAUGUAAAAUCUCAAGCAAAUUAUAAAUUGCUACAGAACAGGAGUAAGCUGAAAACUGAAUGACAUGUUUUGUUCAUAGG